AUGCCUGUCCACGGGAGCCAAACAUCACCGCAUAAAUUAGUCCCAUUUUACGACAACUUCGGCGGAGAGGGUCAGUCGUUGGCGAGCUCUAAGUCCAGGAGCCGUAACCGCAAUCGGAACCGGCGCUGGAAAUCCAAAGCCCGGAGCGAUUCCAACGCCUCGUCGUCGGUCGUGGCCUACGCUGAGGGACAGUCGGCUCAGAGACCGCACCCACAGCACCCGCAUCAUCACCAGCAGCUUCAGCACCGGACCCCUAAGCAUAAGAGCGCGUCCAACCCUGGCGUGUCGUUCCCAGACGAUGGGGACAGCCAUUAUCAUAGAGGCGGUGGUGGCGACCAUCACAAUCACACCAAUCGUUUUCGCGGCAGAAGUCAGUCCAAUGCGUCGGUGCUGUCGGUCCAGCAAAAAGGCGCUCCUUAUCGGCCCGACAACUAUGGCGGCGAUCGUAGCUAUCAGUCGUCCGGCGGCCGACAGCACCAGGAUUUCGGUGGUCGACAUAACCAGCAGUUCCGGAGUGAUCGGCAACACGACAGGAAGGACUGGAACAGAGACCGGCUCUCGCGCGAGAUGUGGCACUUCUAUGAGGACAACGCUCAGACACCCGACCUCGUGACCCGCAAGAAUCGGUUGCGCGACGCGUUGCACAAGAUAUUGACCACAAAUUUCCCGAAAUACGAAAUUGAACUGUUUAUAGUGGGCUCUUCAGCCACCGGAUUGGCGAACAAUAAGUCUGACGUCGAUAUCUGUCUCGUCAUGAAAGACUUGGCCGACAAAGUCAAGGAUAAGGCCAACGGGGAGGCCAAGUCGGCCGAGGAGUCCGAGACGGCACCGGUAGCUGGCGUUAAGAAUGAGGAUAAGCGACAGUCGCUGACUUCCACUCGGGAUGACCUCUUGGACUCGAUUGUUGUCGACGUGGAGACGACUCGACCGGAAGUGGUCUCCGCCACCGAUACUAAGACCGACUCCGAGCUAAUCCACUACGAGUCCGACUCGGAGAAGCUGAACGUGACGGUCGACAGCACCGACAGCACCGCCGCCCGUAACGACCCCACUGUUCCCAUGCUUAAGAUGGUGGAGGAGGUGCUCAAGAACUACAAUUUCGUGACUAAUAUGCAGAUAAUUAUGGCGAAGGUUCCGAUCUUGAAGUUCGUGGACAGGCUGUCGGGCAUCGAAGUCACCCUAAAUGUGAACAAAUUGGUGUCGAUUCGCAACACUCUCCUCAUUCAGGACUACACCAGAGGUAGGCCACGAUUAUCGCAGCACUACUUUCUACUAAAGCACAUGUCUUUCCCCUCUCCCACCCCUUCCCACCGGACAGCCGACUGGCGCCUACAGCCGCUAGCGUUGGUCAUCAAGGCCUGGGCGAAGGACAACGGCAUUAACGACGCCUACAACAAGUCGCUGUCCAGUUACAGCCUGGUCUUAAUGGUGGUCCACUACCUUCAAUACGCCUGCAGUCCGCCAGUGCUUCCAUGCCUUCAGCAGUUGGACCCAAACCGGUAUACCGUGAAGGAGUCGAUGCACGCCUUGCGCACCAACCGGAAGCCAAAGCCGUGGCAUUCCGUGAACGACGGCUCCCUGAAGGACCUCCUCCUGGGUUUCCUCGACUACUACAGCUAUAGCUUCUGCUUCGCGAAGGACGCCCUAUCUGUACGCACGGCUCACGUACUGCCCAAACACGUGGUCCAGCGGUACAAGUGUGCGGACAACCACUACUCGCACUGGAAGUUCGUGUGCGUGGAGGAGCCCUUCACCCGCACCAAUACCGCCCGUUCCGUCUACGACGAGGUGACCUUCGAGCGCAUACUGUCGGUGUUCCGGGUCAGUCACUACACGGUCCGGAGGUAUCCCAAACUGGACUCCAUUAUGACGGGCAGGGACUACACGAACGACUACAUGCUGGCGAUCAACCAGUACGUGAACGCCGGACCCCUGACCACCCCCACCAAGAGUCCCGGUGCUGGUGCUGGUGAGGGACACGAGAGUCCCGGCGCUGAUGGAAAGGUGGUGAAGGCGUCGACACCGACCGGCGCUCGCGACAAACCGGAUCCCUCGGCACAGGCGCUGCCCACGACUCCCGAUAGACAGCGACCAGAGGCCAGUCCCGCGAAGACCACGACUCCCGGCGCCACUAAAACUGAUUAAAUUAAUUAGUUUGAAAUGCUUUGAAAACACUUUAUAUAACAGUUUAUAAUAUAUUUGAAUGAAUACUCGCUUUAAUUGUAACUCAUUCAAUACACGAUUAAUAGUAAUUUAAGCCCUAAUUUGAAUGAUCCGUAAAUAAACUUAUAAACUUAUAAUUUAAAUAUAA